CCAGGCUUCUGUUUUCAGUUGCUCAUCUGCUCGGAUGCUGUGCAGUUCGGUCGUUGUUCCAUAACAGAAAAGUCGAGUGACUCGUGGUUUGCGUGAACGUUUCAGUAUAUUUUUCGUGUUUUGCAAGGUUUCGCUUGACCUAGAUCUGUGUGACAAUGUUGAAAAAGAUGGGGUCUUUUCUUUCGUAUGAGAAACUGCCUACAAUCUUCGAAGCGAAUAAGAUGGCCGAUCAGACCGGUUCCAUAAAGCUGGCGAUCCACCACAACGAUCAGGGCAAGGGAACGCUCUAUCGCCUGAAGAAGAACUCCAUGGUGCACGUCCAUCCGGGACCGUCUCUGUUGGGGCGCCGGGUGGCCAUCUUCUGCAACUAUCCGGCCGACGGAGCUGAAUUCGAUCGCAACCGGUACACCCAGCUGCAAUGGUGCACACCGUCCGGAACCCAAGCCCAAUCGGAUGGCUCGAAGUACCUGUCGAUCAAAGACAUCGACUACUACUGCAACGUGCACCUGACCCGUUCCGGGGCGUACCACUUCUACAUCCUGUACGAAGGCCAGCAAGAGCAGCAAGCUGGACUGUACGUUCAAAUCGAGCCAACGCUGACCAUCGGGAAAGGUUCCGCAGCUGCCCAGCUUCCGCUCGAGGCCAUCCGAUGCCAGACGGUCAUUGCCAAGCUGAUGGGUCCGAUUCAGAGCUGGGAAGCGAAGCUGCAGGUGACCAAGGAGAGCGGCUAUAACAUGGUCCAUUUCACACCGAUUCAAGAGCUGGGUGGCUCAAGGUCGGCUUACUCUUUGAAAAAUCAGAACAAGGUGAACCCGGAGUUCCAGAACGGCGACCAACCCGUUGAGUUUGAAGAUGUAAACAAGGUUAUCAAGAAAAUGCGGGAGGACUGGGGUAUUGCGUCGAUUUGCGAUAUCGUGCUGAACCAUACGGCCAACGAGUCGGUUUGGAUCCGGGAAUAUCCGGAGUGCAGCUACAAUUGUUUCACCUGUCCUCAUUUGAGACCGGCUUUCCUGUUGGAUGCUUUGCUGAACCGGGUGGGGGAAGAUGUGGCUGCUGGACUGCUAGAGCAUGUCGGCGUGCCCAAGGUGGUUGAGACAAAUGACCAUCUGCAGGCCAUCCGGUGGCAGAUUCAUUCGAAUUAUUUUCCGCAGAUCAAGUUGUACGAGUUGUUCCAGUGUGAUGUGGACAAGUAUGUCACUCGGUUCAACGACGAAGCUUCCAAGAAUGGUCCUUCGGCGGCCAAAGAUGUUCCUGAGGGUGAUCUGAAGCUCAAGCAUGAUCAGGAGUACAAACGUUUGGGAGCACAAAUUGACUGGGAUCGUGCUAUGAAGACGUAUAACGUGUUCCGGCAGGAUUGUUUCGACGAGGACAGUCGGAAGCGCAAGUGUGCUGAAGCUUUCCGGUCGAAGUUGCAGUGGCUGAAUGAAGAAGUCCGCAAAGAGAUUCAAGCGCAUUUAGAUUACGCCAUUGAAAAUUGUCUGGCUGGAGCUCGUUACGAACGAGUGCAAGCUGAUGGACCGCAGGUUAAGGGAAUUUCGGUUAAGUAUCCGUUGUUCAUGAAGUAUUUCACGCAAUACGGAAUUCAAGGCAAAUCUAUGAAGGAUAUCGAAGCGAUGAUGUACGGAGGGGCCGGUAAGCUGUUCAUGGCCCACAAUGGAUGGGUUAUCAACAGUGAUCCACUGAAGGACUUUGCCCGACCUCAGGAGGGAACGGGUAACGUUUAUCUGAGGAGGGAGUUGAUUGCCUGGGGUGACAGCGUAAAACUGAGAUACGGUGACAAACCGGAAGACAGUCCGCACUUGUGGAAGCACAUGAAGGAGUACGUCGAUACGACGGCGAAGAUCUUCGAUGGAGUCCGGUUGGACAACUGCCACUCGACGCCGCUGCAUGUCGCGGAAUAUCUGUUGGAUUCGGCGCGAAAGGUCAACCCGGAGUUGUACGUCGUUGCGGAGCUGUUCACCAACUCGGAUUACACGGAUAACAUAUUUGUUAAUCGGCUGGGCAUCACUUCGCUGAUUAGAGAGGCCCUAUCGGCGUGGGAUUCCCACGAGGAAGGCCGUCUCGUGUACCGAUACGGAGGUGAUCCAGUGGGGGCGUUCUUCCCGUAUCCGAAACGAAUUCUAGCGCCAAGCAUAGCCCACGCUCUGUUCAUGGAUCUGACGCACGAUAACCCCUCGCCAGUGGAGAAACGAUCGAUCUUCGAUUUGAUCCCAUCGGCUGGUUUGGUCUCGAUGGCGUGCUGUGCGACGGGCAGUAAUCGAGGGUACGACGAGCUGGUUCCACAUCAUAUCCACGUAGUCGACGAGGAACGCCAGUACCAAGAGUGGGGAAGGCACGUGGACAAAACGACCGGUAUCGUGGCAGUAAAGGAUGCCUUUAAUCUGCUUCACGGUGGCCUAGCUACGCGUGGUUUCGAUCAGCUGUUUGUCGACCAGAUGCAUCCGGAUAUUGUGGCCGUAACACGUCACUCGACGCAGAAUCGGGAAACCGUGGUGCUGGUAGCGCACACUGCCUUCAGCUAUCCGAGCCCUUGGGCUGGGCCGACCGGAGUUCGUCCGUUGCGGGUCGAGGGCGAUCUGGUGGAGAUUAUCUUCGAGGUGCAGAUCUACAAGAAAACUGGCCAAACAUUCGAUCAACCCACGGAGUUCAAAAAAGACGAACACUACAUCAAUGGUGUUCAGGAAUAUGUGGUUGAUCUGCGUAAGAACCUCAAACUGGAAGAAUCGGAUAUUUUCGACAAGAAACCGGUAUUCGAUGGGAACACAACUCAGCUUAACUUUGUCAACCUGAAGCCGGGCUCGGUGGUAGCUGUACGCUUUGCGCUGAAAAAUAACAUGAAGUCGCACAUCGAUACUCUGCAGUCGUUGGUGCGGGAGUUCCACCAGGAUAAGGGCUCUCGGUAUGCGGAGCUGCAGCAUAUGCUGGGCAAGCUUAAUUUGGUUGAUUUCAACAAUUUGCUGUACUGUUGUGCCGAAGAGGAGCGCGAUAAUGGAGGUGGUCCGUACAACAUAUCCGGGUACGGUGACCUGGUGUACUGCGGUCUUCAGGGUGUGGUUUCGAUUCUGAGCGACAUCGGACCGAACAACGAUUUGGGUCAUCCAUUGGCGAAUAACUUGCGCAUGGGCAAUUGGUUGAUAGACUACUGUGCACAGCGUCUGCAAAAGUACCCUAACUUGGAGGCAGUUUCCAGCUGGUUGGAGAAGAAUCUUGCGCCGCUUAAGGAAAUUCCUCGCUACAUGAUUCCCAGCUACUUCGACGUCAUCAUCACUGGCGUUCAUAGGUUGGCCGUGAGUGCCGCUUGUAAUUUGAUGUCGGACUUUGUCCGCCAAGGUUCCAACUUCGGUCGACGUCUUGCUCUGGGUUCGGUUCAGUGUGUUCGAGUAGCUCCUUCGGCCAAUCUUCCUCCAAUGAGUCCCAAUGUAAACCCACCGAAGCCACCACAGAGAUGUGCCACGCUGGCCGCAGGAUUGCCACACUUUGCCACAGGGUACAUGCGCUGCUGGGGUCGUGACACUUUCAUCGCAUUGCGAGGACUUAUGUUCCUGACUGGGCGGUUCGAUGAGGCCCGGUAUAUGAUUCUAGGCUUUGGAGCAUGCCUUCGACAUGGAUUGAUUCCCAACUUACUGGACGGAGGAAUGAAUGCUCGCUUCAACUGCCGGGACGCCAUCUGGUGGUGGUUGUACUGCAUUCGACAGUACGUUGAGGAAGCACCGAAUGGAAAGCAAAUUCUGAUGGACAAGGUCUCUAGACUGUACCCGACGGAUGACUCAGAACCGAAGAUGCCUGGUGAAUGUGACCAAUUCCUAUACGAGACCAUCCAGGAAGCGCUAACGGUUCACUUCCAGGGUCUGUCCUACCGGGAACGCAACGCCGGUACCCGUAUCGAUGCGCACAUGAAGGACAAGGGAUUCAACAACCGCAUCGGCAUCCAUCCGGAAACGGGAUUCGUCUUCGGCGGUAACAAUGCCAACUGCGGCACCUGGAUGGACAAAAUGGGUUCCAGCGAUAAGGCCGGCAACCGGGGUAUUCCGUCGUCGCCUCGGGAUGGAUCGGCAGUGGAGCUGGUGGGGCUGCAGAUGGCCGGUUUGAGAUUCAUGCAGCAAAUGGCCGAAGAGAAAGCUAUCCCUGGUGCGGGUUCGGUGGAACGCACGUCCAAUAAUGGAACGAAGACUGCUUGGACGUACAAGGAGUGGGCCGACAAGAUCGCUGCCAACUUCGAGAAGGAGUUCUACGUCGAUGAAAGCUGCGAAAGUCAGUAUGUCAAUAAAAAGGGCAUCUACAAAGACACGCUUGGUUCGGAGAUUCCAUGGACCGACUACCAGCUGAGGUGUAACUUCCCGAUCGCACUGGUGGCAGCUCCGGAACUAUGCGAUCCCAAACAUGCUUGGAGGUCGCUGGAGAAUGCCAAGAAGUAUCUACUGGGACCCCUCGGAAUGAAGACCUUGGACCGCGAAGAUUGGGGCUACCGUGGAAACUAUGACAACUCGAUCGACAGCGACGACAAAGCCGUAGCCCACGGGGCAAACUAUCACAACGGUCCGGAAUGGGUGUGGCCAAUAGGAUUCUACCUUCGUGCACGACUCAUCUUCGCCAAGGCCAAUGGACUACUCAAAGAAACGGUCGCCGAAACGUGGUCAAUCCUGCAGAAACACCUCCACGAAUUGCAAACCAAUCAUUGGCGUGGUUUAGCCGAACUGACCAAUGAGAAUGGAGCUUACUGCCAGGACUCGUGCCGGACACAGGCGUGGAGUAUGGGUUGCGUGCUGGAAGUAUUGCAUGAUCUGGAGAAGUAUGAAAAAGAGCUCUAAGCUUAGUCACCGAAGCCACAGAAAGCCGGGGGGAAUUAAAUCUCAAUUUGUGACACGUUCUGAUGCAGCCGGCGAAGCGUCCUGCUUUAAAUAACUCGACCCAGUUCGGAUUGGAAGCUUAGAUUUAAUUGUUUAUGUUUUUAUGUCUGCCGUUUUUGAAUCUGAAUAUUUUAUUAAGAUGUUAAGUUUAUACAGUCCAUAUUUUAUUUUGUUCUAGGAUGUAGCGUCUAGGCUUAAUAGGAACGUUAAAUAAUACACGCUUAGGAAUGA